GCAUCGUCGUGUGCAUCGCCUGGUAGGCCGGUUGGCACACACAAGUGGAAGUGGCAAGAAAUCUACCACCACCCAGCCGCCCGCCUCCCAUCUUCCGUUCCAUCCGCGGGAACUCCGCGGUGGUGAAGUUUUCUGUGCCAUCACAGUCCAUCGUAAGAUUCUGCUCAAUUAAUAAGUGAGGUGAUCGUGGAACUAAAGCAACGUGGUCAUUGUUUUUUCUGUGACGGCACCCAGGGCUUCUUUAGGCUUUCUACGAGCUUGCGAAUCGAUCUCGUUUAUUCUCCGGGGAUGUACGACUGACGACCACUAAGGGAGUUCCCGGAGGUCUCUUCGAGGUCGGCCAUGGGCGGUGUGCAAAGUGGAACUCAUAAUCUUGGCGAGGCGUUAUGGGUGCAGGAGCGACAACGGCAGAAGUGCCAUCGAGAGGGCAGCCGUUACGACUCCCACUCGGCAGAGUCGACGCAGGAUCGCAGGAAGCUGCUGAAGCGCACGAGGAGCCUCGCAGUGAUAUCGGAGGACGACUCUCGACAGGAACGAGAAGCGGCGCGACAUUUUCGGCUGGGCCAAUCGACCUUCGAUUUGCCCAAGCGACAUCAAUUGAUACCGAGGGCCAAGCUGAUCGAUCGGAAUUCUCUCAAGGACAGACUUUACAAGAGUCAGCAGCAUCUCUCGGAUUCUUAUGAGAGAUUCAACGAGGCAAAAUCCUACUAUUCGCGAUCGGCUUGCGGUCUUCACUCGAUACCAUCAGGUCUCGUGUCUCUCCCAGAUCAACUCUCUUAUUCACGAGGAAAUCGGGCCGAUCCUGAUCGGCUGAAUAUUCUCGAUUGGCCAAAUCCACCGAGACGGUACCGCAGCGUACAAAACUUGGAUACCGUAAGCGGCUUGGUCGACAUCGUCGAAGACAAUUGGCCAAUUGAGGGCAAUCGGAGCAUCGAUUGCAUUUAUACACAGGUGAAGCGCAAGCGUAAGGAGCACAGGAGUCUAGACAGCAUCCUCUUCGAGGACGACGCGGAGCUAGAAUAUUUCGACGUGCUAAAUUUACUGCCUCUCUCUAACAUACGCUUGGGAUACGACGAGGCUAACUCGACGAGCGACGGUAAUUUUGCGCGAAAGAAGGAGCGAGUGCAUGGUACGCGGGACUUAAGAGUGCUCGAGUACAGCGAGCCGAGCAGCGCGAGCGAGGAAACGAGAAGCAGCAACGCGACGGACGAGGAGAAAUGUAAGGAGCACACGACGAAGGAGGAUAAUCCCGCUCGAGUUAGAGAUUCUGAAAAGCUUCGCGAGAAUCACGAUUUGUCCAAGGGAACGGUCUCAAGUCGACGGGACGCUGAACAAGAGCGUCGGGAGUCCGAGAAUUUUGAGGGAGAUUCGGAGAUUAAUUCGGCAAAGAAGUUCGCGGAUCAACGCGCCUCCUCCUCUUCGUUCAAGGAUCACCAUAGAGCUGCCGAUGUCGAUAGUCUCGUGACCUCUCACGAGGAAGAUCGCAAAAUUGAGGAGGUAGACGACUACAAAUCGAUCUGGAUCUUGGACGAGGAUCAGGACGAAAUGUCGCGAAGACCGCAGGUUCUCAAGGUUAUCGAUAACGACGUCACCAGAAGACGCCAUCGGUGCUCCGUCGUGGAAAUAAAUGCUAUCGACGAGGUCGUGCCAAAGGAUAAGAAACCGCAGGAGAUUACGAAGGAAGCGAGCGAUCGCAUUGAUGCUUCCAUAAUUAAAUCGAGUAAUCGUGUAAACAAGGAGGGCGAAGUUCGUGGGAAAAAUGCAAAGGACGCUAUGACACCGGAAAAUGCGGAAAAUGCGGCAACGAUGGAAGACGCGAGAAAUUUCUUUGAACGGAAAAACACAGAAAAAGAGGCGACGCGGAAUAAGCAGAACGAGGGUAGAUUUGAAAGGAUCGUCAAGGAGACGUCGAAUAUUCUUGGCAAAGCGUGCAACGUUGUAAAAGGUAGCCUGGGCUUUGAGGCGAGAUCGGAGAGUUCCGAUCUCGGCCUUGGUUCCGAAUCCGGCAGUGAUUCCCGCAGAAGAUCGAUGGACGACGGCGCCGAGGACGACCGGUCGCUCAAAAACACCAAUAACUCUGCGACGCCGAAAACGGACGACGGCAAAAAAUUGCAUACUAAUCUCAUUCGAUCCAGAAGCUGCGUGGACUCGAUAGAAUGCCAGGACGGUCCAGAGUUCGACCAUGUGCGCUACAAGAUCGUCAAGUCGCACAUGUUCAGCAAAAACAUGUUCAGUACCGCUCGGGGUGACGUGACGUACGAAGGACUGAUGCAGUAUCUGCGCGAAUAUUCAUUCCAAGAAAUAAUAAUGGACAACAAUGUCGUCAUUAUCGAACCGGUCCGCGCCGAAACGAUAGAGCGGAAACCGUCGAUCCGAGCGGAACCGACGUGCAAAAUCGCCGGUGCGAUCCAAAAGAAAAUGGAAAAUUGCGAGAAAAACGACGAACAAUCUGGAAGCGGCGACGGCGGCGCCGUAAAAACUCCGAGGCAGUCGUCCAUCAGGAAGCACUUCUUCUAUCAGCCUAUACGAGUAAACCGCGAACUGAUCGACGAAGAGCUACCGAAUCCGGAUACCGUUCGAAACGUGAGACGUAUGUUCGAGAACACUCUCCAGAAAAAGAAGAGUAUAUCCGACGCCGAGUUUUCCAGGGACUGCAAAAGCAGGAGGAGCGUCAGCAUGAAGGAUUUGACUAGUAUCGACGACAGUCGAUACGAUGGCAUGUCCGACAAGGCACGCGAGGAAUCCAGAUGUUCCAGUAGGGCGAAAGAUCUCACGAGACUCUUCGAGACCAAGUCCGCGUCGUCGACCACUUCCGUCGCCAAGGAGGACCUCGGUAGUCCGCGGGGCGAGUCGAAAACGAGAAUUCUCGCACAAACCUUCGAAGCCAGAAGCGGAAACACGUCGCCGGCGGGUUCGAACUAUUCCAAAAAUAAAGUCGGCCGUUACCAUCAUCAUCAUCAUCAUCAUCAUCAUCAUCAAAAUUGGGACGCCGGCAGCGUCAGUUCCGGCGUGUCGAGCGAUUAUCCCGAUACCGAUCCAGGGAGUGGCGCUCAUUGCACAUCAUCCGAUGACGAAGAUGUGAAUUGCAACGACGAUUACGGCGCGAACGCGAGUACGGGGCACUACGUGUCUCAGGAUGUGCUGAAAAAAAUCCGCGAGUGCGGCACCUCGGUAACUUACUACGGCGGGAAAGUGGUGAACAUGCACAACGGUCCGUUGAUAUCGCCGCUGAUCGGCAACGGCUUCAAGAUCGACCAGUCAAACGACUACGUAAAGUUCAGACUGGUGAAAAGUAACUCCUGCGACAGCAGGCUGGAGCUGACCGGCAGAUUUGUCGAGAGACAGACGCUAAGUCGCGGCCGCGAUAGAGGUGCUGACCUCCGACAGUGCACCAUCGCGGAGACACCGAGCAUCGAGAUUACAACGAUCGAUAGCAGGCAGGAGGACGAGGAACAGCGGGACGAGGGUAUCGAGCAAAUUGAGCAGGUGAAGAGAGAACCGCCAGUGGUGAUUGGUCUCGAGCCAAAGAAGGAAGAUCCUAAGGAAUCGAGAACUAUUUUCAAAGCGGACUUUAAGCUGGGCGAUCUGGACGACUCAAGAUCCAAUUAUCCGAGCAGAUUCACACCGAGCGCGUUGACUAGAUGGGAAGUGAACAUGGCCAACUGGAAGACCGGCAAUGAUUUCGAUAAAAUGGAGUUCGAGGAGUUCGAAGUGCUUGAGGACAGUCUCAACGGAAUUGACAGCCAAAACUAACACGCGCGACCAUUUCUGAAAGGGGAGUUUUUUUGUAUGAUAUAUUUAUUUCUCUGAUGCGAUCGAAAUGAGCGGAGAUUGCCAAAGGAGAUAACGUGAUUACUGUCUAACUUUCACGAAAGAAAUUUCUUGGGAUUAUAAAAAAUGAUUAUCUUAUAAGAAUAUUAUUUAUGUAUAAAAAAAAAUUCCAAUCACGAUCGAAUAAACGUUGUUGGAAAAAGUACCUAGAUUGUUUUACUACAUUAUGUAUUAACGCGUUUUCUGGCAUUAAGUAAUAAAAAUGCUGCAAGAACGUUGAUGAGAAGGAUAAUUUAUGGGUCACGUAAGUACCAUUGAUUAAUUAGUGUGUUAUUGCAAGUGGAGAAGUCCACACGAGUCAUAUUUUAUAGCAGGUGAUAAGCAUUGAGAUAAUAGAUAAAGUUAUGGUACAUAUAAAAAACUCAGUGUAAUGUCACAUAUAAUGCACGAAGCAUGUACGACAAGAUGUAACAUGAAUGUAUUAAAUGUGUAAUAAAUAAUUUUAUGCAGUAAUCCCGUGAUGCAGUUUU